AUGUUCAUAUUACGCGUCCAAAGAAAUUGGCAUCUUAUGGCGCGGCAGAUGCAGCGACUCCUCAAACAGAUGAAGGAUAUGGCCGAAAAGCAAGACGCAGACUUCAACGAUAUCCUUGUAGGCUUGGGCAUCAACAUGGAUUUUAUCAUUGAUCUGGGAAUUCUUGCUCCACUGUCUGAGGCCACGGAUGGUGAACUGCGCUGGCCAAAAGAGUGGGUUGAGCCCAAAGGCACAUUCGAUGCCAACUUGGACAUGCUUAAAAGUUGGGUCAUUGAUUGUAACUCAAGACAAGAGGACGAGGCCGAGGCCGAGGCCGAUGCUCCACGCCUGGUCAAGGGCCAAGGCUGUUUGUUUACGCCGCCUCGUCUAACUGAGAGACAAAAGCGAGACAUUUUUAAACGUCAAUGA